AUCUCAGCCAGAAGAUGAUCAACAUAAAUAUAUUAGAUUUAAAUGAAGAUUGUCUUCACCAUAUAUUAAAAUAUCUAAAUAUUAAAGACCUCGUUAAUCUAGCUGAAACCUGCUUAAGUUUUCGACAGAUUUUGUUGGAAAGAUCUCUAUCGCUUUUUCCAGUAUUCCAUGGAAACGAUCCAGAUGGCCAAAAGCCAAUAUUAUAUUACUCAUCGGUUGGCAUUAAGCUUUUGAGAAUCGUAAGAAAUAAUGUGAAAACACUGGGAGUUAUUCAAGGUCACAGUUACGAUAAGGAAGAUCUUGGCAAUGUUGUAAAGGAUUUCCGAGUUCUCACAAAAGCAAAGAACAAAAUCGACUUGCGGCAUUGCCUGGAGGAAAUACCAAAACUAGAGGAUAUGUUUCGAUUUUCUUCUUAUACUUGUGACUAUUUGAGUGUAAACGUACCAUCUUGUAUUUGUUACCUUGAGGAUUUUUUUAAACUUCUUCCCGAUUUACGGGAACUACGACUUUCAGGAUUCGCCAAAUGCUCCGAUUGUGUGGGAACUAUUUUGAAAUCCUUUCCCAAGUUGGAGGAACUCUGGAUCAGGGGAGCCUGCCUCAAACUUCGAUCUGAUUAUGAGUUGAUAUCACAGAUUGGUUCUUUGACUAAACUUUCGCUGAAUGUUGGUGGUCCCGACUGCCUUGCACCUUUGGCUAAUUUACCUGAACUUCGAUCUCUUUAUGUGGAGAGCAUAUUUAGCUAUAUAUCGCCUGGGGAGAUUAUAGAAAUCAUACAGAAAUGUAAAAAGUUGGAGUUUCUAUACUGUUACUAUAUAAAUCAUGGACAACAGCCUCAUGAUUCUAUUGGAAAUCUCUUCAGAAGUAUUAAGUCCAUUCGGGAUCCUAGUAAACAAAAUUCCCUUAAACUGCAUACUUAUUUGGAUCCUCCUUUGUCUCAAGAAAAUGAAAAGCUCAUCGAUAAGGCCUACUUCGAAUAUCGCCGACAGCCCUAAGAAAUAUAUUUUUACCACCCCCUCAAUAAAGAUAGACGUUAAAGUAUUACUCAAUGAUUUAUAUAUUUUCAUGACUUUUCGCUCAUAUAGAUUUAAAUACGCUUUAAUAAAUUUGUAUGCUUGUCAACGAUUUCCGGUAUUCCAUUUAGCUGAUUUACAAUCGUCGUCGUCGUCAAGUCGUCGAUCAGACUACAUUAAAAUGUAUGUAUCGUUAGGUAAAUAAUUUAAAUAUAUAUUAAUAACAUCUUGCGUUUGCACGUGUAUUUCUUUGCUCUGCUCGUCAUUUUACUUAAUAUAUCUCGUUAGUUGUAUUUUCAAGUUCAAUUCGUUUGCUGCUGGCGUAAAUUUGUUUUUGAAAAAUAUAUUUUAAGAACUGAAAAACUGUUGUUUUCGAAAGGGCUCUCUCUUGUAUAUGAAAUAAAUAUUUACAAAAGUUACAAAUACAAUUAAAAUUAUGCAGUGGCGGAAUGUGGCCGGUGCUCAGCAAAAAACCGUGUAGAUAAUCCUAAAUGAAUUGCUUACAAAAUUGUUGUUUUUUGAUGCCUCAAGCAUUUGUUAAUACGUACACAUAGUUCUAAAAAUGUUUAACUAUAUUACUUCGAGUUCUUGGCUUUAACAUUAGUUAUCGAAUAGUGUUUGCUGUCGAUUAGUUUCAGUUUUUGUGUCAAUGCUUGUGUUUUUCUUAUCAAUUCGAAAAGCGGACGAUGAGACAUUUUACUAUCGUCUCGUAAUAAAAUUUGUGUGUAUUUUUCUUACAGUGUUUCUGUGGAUUUUUGGGGGUGUGGGCGUGUGUAUCUGUGAGAGGUGCGGGGUGUGUGUGUGUGUGUGUGAGUUGUGAUUUUGUGAGUGAGUUCGUAUUCCCUUUACUGAUAUGUUUCUAAGAGGCUAACACUCGCAUCCUGGCUCAUCGAGGCAACUAAACAGGACAAACCGAAGCCAGUUGGACAGAUCGAUCGGGAAAUACUAGAAAUACUAGAUAUACUAGAUCACCGAAAAACCAACGCAUACACUGAAAUAUGGAAUGUGGACAAACAACUUGGGUUGCAAUAAUUGACUAAACACUCUUCGCUCUUCGAACGGGGGAAAAGCCCCUGAAGAUUUCCAAUUUUAUUGCUUACGUAUUCGGAGAACGGAGAACUAGGGAACUAAACAUCGAGUCAACUGCCUAUGGGGUAGAUCUAACUAACUGAACUAACUAACAUACAUCAACACAUACAUACGCUCCAUAACUAACUAACAGUAUAUAAGGGUGGGUACA